UGCGAAUUCGGACUCUUUUGUAAAGCGAAAGGAAAUAUCCAGAUCGUUGAAAAAUGGCCAUGAGAUCCGUGCUGAGUCGAAUCUCGGCGAGUGUGUCUCGUUCCAUGGAGUUUACUCGGGGUGCGACUCGCUACUUCAGUGACGGCAAGGGCCGGGUUCUGGGCGAGGAGGAGCGCGCUGCCGAAAACGUCUACAUUAAGAAAAUGGAGAAGGAGAGGUUGGAGAAGCUGAAGCAAAAGACAGAGAAAGAAAAGGCGGAGAAAGCAAAAGAGGAUGGGGACAAGAAAUCUGAGGGGACCCAUCAGGAUUGAAAUGUUCAACUGCACUAGUGGAUAGCUUCUUGCUUUGGAGAUGAGGAAAAAUAAAAUGUAGCCAACUUUUAACUCUCGACCAGAUCUGGUAUUUUUUGUAAAAAUGUACGUUUCGUGUUAUCAUCUCUUAAACUGUAAUUUACAUGAGGCCUGUUUGUAUGCAGGUUCUUAAUUUGUUCAGAGGUUUCUGUUAAUGAUCUUGACCUUCGAUUUCUUGUGCUUUUGCAUUUGUUUUCAUGGGCUUC